AUGUAUAAAGGGCAUCGUUGUCUUGUGUUUGAGCAGCUUCACUACAAUCUAUUCGACAUUCUUCGAUUUAACAAUUUUGUCGGAUUCAACAUUCAUCACGUUCAAAAGAUUGCUUACCAACUGUUUUGUGCACUUCGAUAUAUCCAUAGUGAUAGUAACAAGAUUAUUCAUUGUGAUGUGAAACCGGAGAACAUUUUACUCUCUGAGUUCAAUGGUUCGGAUAUCAAGCUCAUCGAUUUUGGAAGUUCGAGUCACAUGGGAAGUUGCUUUUUCUCCUACAUUCAGAGUCGUUAUUAUCGAGCUCCGGAAGUCAUUCUGGGCCUUCCCUAUUCCUCGUCGAUUGAUAUGUGGAGUGUUGCUUGUGUUCUUUACGAGAUUUGCACUGGAGAGCCUUUGUUCCGAGGAAGAAACGAGCUCGAGCAAAUCAUUCUCAUUUCUUCUUUGCUGGGAGAUCCUCCCUUAGACAUGCUCAUUGUCCGAUUUGGUGCUUUUCUUAAUUCUUGUAGAAAGGAAAAAAGGUGGAGGAUUUCUACCUGCGAACGCGUGUCCGCGAUGAUGGGAACAGUCGAUACAUCCGUCGAGUGGGUGAUUUGA